AUGGCUGGACAGGGGUCUGGGGUGCCAGCAGCCCGAACAAUAGCUUUAACGAUCCAAUCAGCUAGCUUUAUGAAACAUGUCGCGACCACCUGCUUGUUUGGAGCACCCCUGGAGGAGCAGGGACUGGAGAUGACCCUCACAAGGCAGGAGGAAAGGCUAAAUUCUUCCCCGCCUUGCCAGUUCUCAGCACGGGUGAACGCGGAGCACUCCAAUCAGAGAGUCAUUGUUUCUAUUGGCACAAUAGGAGGCCCCGCCCCUCACGGCAGAGGGGGCUCCGCGGGUUGCCGGCUAACCGUUAGAGAUAGUCUGGGUAGUACACUAUACGGACCGGCUUCCAAAGGCGAAAUCGAUAACGAACUGCAGCGCGGGGUGCAGAGGACGCGGGCAUCUCGACACUCAGGAAGAGGUCAGGGGCGAGACCCAGAACGCUCCAAAGGGUGCGGCUCCUUCGUUGGGGUGGAUCCUGGUUCUAACAGGCGAGGAACUCCUGGCCAAGGCUUCUGGCCCGCCCCGAACGGUACCUAUGACAUCACCAUCAACCAAUCAGUCGGCGAAUUCUCUCGCCCCUUGACUUCUCCGCUUCCGAGAGGCGGGGUUCCUGCGGGUUCUACCUCCCGAGCGCCCCUUGUGGCUACCAAGAACAGGCCGCAAGUCUCCAGUAGUGCCCUCUCCCUCUUCGAACCUGAGCACCUUCCCAGGAUAAGAGCUCUGCGCCGGAUACAAGGCCGGGGUUCCGAUGGGUUUGUGGGUGCCAGGGCCCACCUUGGACACUCCUGCAGAAGUGGGCAGAUGCCUCUGCCAUGGAGCCACACCUUGUUUGACAUAGAUGCCAGCACUGGGACAGACGGCAUAGCACAGCCUGCUGUUCCCACAAGCACUCCAAUGAGAAGAAAACGUCAUGACCAGAAGUCACAGUGUCAGUGAUUCCUGAUGUGUGGAACUGUCUGAUGAAUGAGGAGUUCAAGUAAAAAAUAAAGUGAACUGAUGAAAAC